CCUCACACGGUGAGACAUCAGCCUUCCCUGGGCGUGCGGCGGCAGGAGACAAGGAGCUGGGAGGCCCCCGCAGCUGGCACCGGAGCAGGCGUCCCAGCUCCCCACUUCAGUGCAGCAUGGAGGCCGUUGAGCAGUACCCCUCAGCCCCACGCCCUUGGCACGGCCGCGUCCAGCUGAGCUUUGAGGAGCUGACCCCUGCGGGGCGGCAGCGGCCCAGAAGCAGACUCAGCCCCGGUCGGCGCCACAGCAGGCACCGGGCCAGCUCCUUCGACGAGGUCCUGGUGGACGAGUGGGACAUGCUCCUGGACGCAGCGGCCGCCAUCAUCCAGGCUGCCUGGCGCGGGUACCAGGCCAGGCAGCAGCUGCGCGCUCAGUACCACGCGGCCGUCGCCAUCCAGGCCGCCUGGAGGGGCUUCCUCGCCAGGGAGCGGCUGGCCAGCCAGAGGGUGGAGGCGACUGCCUGGCAGGGCUACCCGGCCGGGCGGGGGCACGGCUGGGCCGAGCCGGAGCUCGAGGAGGAGCAGGCGGCCGUGGUGAUCCAGGCCCACUACCGGGGCUACAGGGUGCGGUGUGAGAUCCACAACCAGUACUUGGCAGCCACCAUCAUCCAAGCCCACUAUAGAGGGUACCGGGCACGCCAGGCAUUAGCAGAGAGCCACAGAGCCGCCACCACCAUCCAAGCCCACUGGCGGGGCUACCGGACCAGGCAGGAGCUAGCCCCCGCCAGGGCCGCGCUCCGCCCCACCAGCAGCCUGAGGGACUUCUUCAGCAGGACGUACCGAGGGCUCGUCAACUACAUGAUGGGGGCGCAGGAGGCCCCGCCCCCGCCCCCCACCAGGCUGCCGUCCAGGACACAGGGACUCGGGGGGGCCCAGGCGCCGCUCGGCUUCCCUGCUCGCUGGCCAGGGGAGUGCAGGGCUGGCAGGGAGAAGCUGCCAGGCCUGGCGCAGAGAGGGGACACGGCCUCCCUUGACUUCAAGAAAUGCCCCCAGUGCGGGCGGAACAUGAGGGUCUGGGUCCUGGAGGGGGUGGGGAAGGGCACGGCCUGCCAGUCGGAUGCCAGCUCGGAGGGACGUUAUUACCACACACAGGGUCCCCCCUGGCAGGCGGCACCCGGCCACCCCGGCGCCAGGAGGGAGGGCACCGGCUACAGUGCUGUUGCUGAGCGAGCCUGCCACGGAGCUGGCCAUGGCCGUGCUCAGGCCCGGCAAGCCGGGGCCCGCCGUACGGAGAGGGCUGAGCAAGUGCACUACAAGGGGCACCGUCACUGGACGGGCACCCCUCCAGCAAGCAAGAUGGUGGCUGAAGAGCGGGCUGCCCCCAAAGUGUGGCAGCAGGGCAGGGAGAAAGGCCAGGAGGGUCGCCCCUGUGUGGCCCGGGCAGCAACCCGGGGCAGGGAGCGGGGCAGGCGCAGCACGGCUGACCUGAGUGCCAUGAGGUACCACUCCUCUGCCAGCUUCCUCCCGAGCGCCGAGCGCCAGCAGGAUGCAGAGGGCACAGCCGCGGCCUGGCUCUCCAGCAGCUUCUGGACCAGCCAGCCCGAGGGCGAGAGACGCGUCUUCAAGACCAGGAAGCGGUACUGGCGGCUGGUGCAGGCAGCCACGCGCAUCCAGGCCUUCUGGCGGGGCUGCCAGGCGCGGCGGGCACUGCGCGAGCAGAAGGCGGCCGCCGUCAGGAUCCAGUCGGCGUUCCGGGGCUACCAGACCAGGGCCUACCUCUCCGCGGUGGGCGUCCUGAGCGGGGGCGAGACGGAGGAGGAGUCGGACAGUGCGUGGAGCUGCCGGUCAGUGCGGUGCCACUAGGCCCACACGCCCCUUGUUGGGCGGGGAGGGGGCAGUGCCUGGGUUUGUUACCCUGCCAAUCUCAAUAAAGCUAGAGUACGUA